CAAGUCGUAAUGUCUGGAUCACGUCAUCAACGUUGGAAGCACGACUUUUGGGCUCAAGACAUUCGAAAUUGUACGAACUCACUAAAUUCCCACAAAUGGCCGAUGCGUUGAAGGCAUGGCUGCGUACAAGACUAGGUGCGAUCAUGGAUCUCACGCCGGAAACGUUUGGUCGGUACACGAGAGACGGCACACUACUAGCCCAGAUUCUGCAUAGCUAUGAUAUAAUCAAUAGCAAUCAACUAAGCACCAUUCUUUCUACACGAGAUCCUGCCUUGUCCAGGGUGAAUCUGAGGACCUUACGAAUCUGGCUAAAGCUCAUCAAUGUCACGCUGAGCGAGAAGUGUAUUGAGGAGAUCUCUAAAGAUAAAGGUGCUGCAUCUCUCCAGCUGUUUUACAAGGUAUAUUUGAGCCUUGAAGGCAAGGACCGACUGCAUUUUAUUGCUCUUCAAAAAGAGCAAAAGUACAUGCAUAGUAGAUUUGACGUCUCCAAAGUGUCUGAAGAUCUAGCCUCUUAUUUACCAUCCGAACAUCCUCUAUCAGCACCAUUGAUCGAGGCAGCCGAUACUGUCCUCUGGCACAGAAAUAAGUUUUGGGCGAUCACGAAAGCCUGUAGACGAGAACGAGAGCGAUUUGAAGCCCUCAUGGAGUAUCCAGUGAUAAAGCCGAUCGAGCUCUUUGUUCCAAAAGAGUUGCCGGAUAAAAAACAGAAAGAGAGCAAAAUACUGGACGAAUUCACUCGUAAACAUCCGGUUUGUAAGACGAAGAAAAAAUACCAAAUUGAGUGUUGUCCUUCGAAAAGAAUCUUGGAUGUGUCCUGCAUUGAGGAUCCCACAGCUGCUGCGAAAUAUAUCGACUUCCUGAAGAAGCGUAGCAAAAAAACGGCUAAAUGUCACGAAUUAAAACUGAAAACACAAACAACGAUGAUGGCAGAGGCUUGGGAACGAUUACUGAGGAAACAGGACAGAUCCUUUGACGAAGCUCUCGGAAGACGAGUGCUGGACCAGUCGCGUUAUGAGAAACAGAUGUUGAGGAAGCUGUGUGAGGUACGAGACUUAAGAAAUAGAAUUGUGGAGACUCGUAGAAUAGUUGAUACGAUGUUGCUGAAGGCUAGAGAGAACGAACUGCGAUUUGAGCAAUAUCGUCAUGAAGAAACAAUAAAGGAAGAAAGAGAAGAUGUUGAAAUGGAGACCUGUAGAAUGCGCGAACUGCAUCAGAGAAUUCGCGAAGAAAAGAUACGCAGGAUGAAAGAAAAACAUCAAGAUAUCUGUUUAGAAAUUAUGAACGAUCUCGUGGAUAUCGCGAUGAAAAUUGCUGAUUAUCGUCAAGCAAAUGGUAAUCAUAUCCCAAAUUCUAUUUGGAAUGAAUGGAGAAUGUUAUUUUUGAAGAACCAACCAAUAUUCGAACAUAUGGAUUACUUUGAUGAUAUCGAAGAAGCAGAAAAUAUAGAAGAAAUAGAAAAUGAAAAAGAUAUGAAAAUGAAUGAAGAUGAAGAGAAGAACGGUGCAAGAGGGAAUAGCGCGAUAAGUAUAAGAAACGAAGAGGGAAUACAGAUUGGAAAAACAUUAAAAGUUGAAGAAAAUCAAAAGUUAGUUCAGCUGGAACGUCAGCAGUCUUUGACUGAUGCAGACUUUGAGAGUUAUCGGAAUCUAGCUUCGCCCUGGGAUCAAUUUGUGCCGAAGAGAGAAAAGGAAGUUGAAGAAGUUUACAGAUUAGGUUGUGUUGUGCUUGGUUACAUCGUUCAUCGCUUAUUGGAGAUCUUAUAUCCUUAUUCGGCUAAAAUAAUGGAUUGUCCAGUGCCUAGAGUUAAGGUCGCAGCCAUUAUUUUGGGUGUGACAAAUGCAACCUUGCACAAACAGUUACAAGAGUUGCUGAAGAAUACCGGAAUUCGUUUGCUGACGAUGGAAGAUGCGAUCAAUCAUUGUCUGGAGAGCUACAAGCGGGAAAUGGUCGAUAUGGAGUACAUCGAUCUCAACAUCAUCUCGACGACGGCGAAAGACAUCAAGAGAUUGGAAGCUAAGAGCAAGGAUGACUCAAGGGAGCGUCACCCAAAGAAGAUUGAACGAUCAACGAAGUCGACAUCGUUUCACCAGAACGUGGCUGAGGAAAAACAAACGCAAACGCCUAGACAAAUACCUUAUGACGAUAUGGACCCGAUUUUAAGCGAUACCGCGUACAUAGGUAAAUGGACUUACGAGUUUCUCACGUUGGGUCAACCGAUUUCGAACGAGUUGAAUACGAAGAUAUUGAUUGAGUACUUAAAAGGAAUCGGAGAUGUCGAGGGAUGGGCAUUAAUAAAUUAUCCUAACACUUAUGAACAGAUGGCGAUGUUGGAGAAAGCACUAACAGGACGUGAGAUACCUUCCGAUCCUGUCAAACUUACUGAUGUCAACGUCGAAGACAUCGAUCCUUCAUCAGUCAGGAUUGUGUUCGAGGGUGAAGUUGACACAUUCGCUAUAUGCAGGCAAUCUAGAUUGUUGCCGAACCCAAUUUCCAAAGCAAAAGAUUAUACUUUUUCUACGACGUUCAUGACAAUUUAUAUUAAGGCAAUGCCAAAGUCAGAGGCAAUAGACAGACAAGAACAGACUUGUAUACCUCUACCCGACAAUGCUACCUCGAUGGACGAAUUUUAUGCUAAUCAAGAUAUUGCAUAUGGAUUUUUUUACAACGUUCUCGAUCUUCCAACCUUGGAACAAUUAGCCGAACUUAUUACCGAUCAUUUUUAUGGAAAGAAAUCACCCUUGAAACUUUCUGAAAAGGUUCUACAAGCGAAUCACGAUAAACAAAAAAUUGUUAUUGAUUCGAAAACGUCCGUCAUUAAACGCUUGAUACCAAAAUCCAAAUGGAAACUCUCAGAAUACGAAGAAAAGAAAGAUAUCGAAGCUGAAAGCCGCGAUUUACAAUCGGAAAUUGAAACACAGUUAGCAAAUGAUUACGCUAAACCUGGGGAAAGCAACUGGCAAUGGCUGGACUUUUUUCAGCCUACAGCUUUACUCGAAAUUUUGGCUACGCUUUGGGAGAACGUUGAACAAGCUUACAUUGAAAAUUUGAAAGAGAUUCUUUCCUUAAAGAGAAUGCAUAUGUCAGCUAUUAUACCUUAUAAGAAUCUUGUCUUCAGGAAUUUAAUGAGAUUCAUUGAUCAACCUGAUAAACGGCAGAUUUUAUUGCAAGAUUUUCAUCAGGCCUUUAAUGAAAUCGAUGAAGAUCUUAGGGAAGAUUUGGACAUGAAAUGCGAAUUACACUGUCGGGUCGAUGAUUUUCGAAAAGAGUUGUGGGAGCUGUGUGACGCACGAAGAUACGAGGCUGAAGAAGAGAGAAAACGUACUUUGCGCAAUCAGUGGAUUUUGAUGGAAGCCGUGGUUCUCGUUAAUGUGUAUAUUGGAAUUUUGCAAACCGAAGUUGAUAGAUUCGUCGACACUAUGCAGCUUCUUCAGGAUUAUUACAUCUCCAUGUCGCAGAAACCACUGCAAGAAUCGCGAUUCUCUAAAAUCGUCCUCGAUAAUAUCGAAUUGGAGGAUGUUCUUCAAGAAAUCUUGGGUAAACAUAAAAAACUAACGGCGAAGAUCGAAUCAAUCGAAACUUCCGCUCGAAUCAUAAAUAAGGAUCAGUUUAAGACUGAAAUCGAAACUUUAUUAAUCGACGUAUCGAAGAGCUUUGAUCCUGAUCAGAGUAUUAUUUAUAAUAUUAUCAAAAAGAUAAUGUUCGACAAAGUGCGAGAUACCGUAGACUCCAUCUCGUUCCUGAUGCUGGAGAUGUUGAAGAAGGAAGAGAAAGCUGUAAUUUUAAAAACCGAAAUUAAAAGCAAAGGAGACACUUCGACCAAUUCUACAUUCGCCAAACUAGUUAGAAGAAAUCGUGAUUUAAUCGAGGAAUGGCGAUACGCCGUUUUGUUCGAAAUCGAUCGUAUACAUCAGAGAUUAGAUGUGCUGAAUGCGGCUGCUCGAUCAGACAUUACUUUUCUUCUGGAUACUAUGAGACAGACCUUCCAUCGCAUUCAUCAUCAUAUCGUCGAAAGAUACAAACGUGAAAUCGAAAGUAUUGACGAAAUGGCGAACGUAUUUUGCUUUGCCAUCGAAGAAGAAAGACCGAUUCAACAAGAACUACUAUUAAACGGCGAUCGAUUUGUCAUGAGACCAAACAUUGUAAGUAAAGAUCACGAACAAUUCGAUGUCUUGAUCAGAGAAGCGCCUUCACCUCUACGAUUUCGAAUGGUUCAACUUGGACGGUUGAUAGACAUUUUCCAACGAAUCGCUCCGCAUGGAAUCGUCAGUGAACGCGCCCUAGUUUACAUUCUCCAGGAUUUGGUAUCCUGCGGCAAAGAGGAUUGUUAUCCACCCUUCGUGCCAUGCGCCUGGCGACAAUUGCGACCUCCGGAUAUCGAAAUAUUGGUCGAACGAUUGUUCGGCUCCACCGAAUAUAUCGAAUGGCGAGAAUUUGUCUUGUAUGCAAUGGAUCUGCCUGUGCCAUUGCAUCAGGAUAUUCUGAAAGCACGAGCAGCCUUCAAGGUGCAUGAUCCUGAAUCGAAAGAGGUGGUCACAUGCGAACAAUUCCAUUCGAUAUCCUUGUGGUUUCUUGAAAUUUCCACCCUUUACAAGAGUUUCUUGGAUGAAAAGCUUGAUCACAGUAAUUUCGAUACAUUAGAGAACAUAAUGUUGCGCAAGGAAGCACAAUUAGGCGAACAUUUUUCGAGUUUGGGGAACGAUUUCAUAGAAAGAAGCGAGGAUGAUUCUAGCGUAAUAUUGAGGCUGAUGCUGGCAAAGGAACUUCUCUGCCGCAUGUAUCUGGUAAACCGAGACUCGGUUCAUUAUACCGCCAUGCUGCUAGCUUUCUGCAAGAACGAGAAUCCUAGCAAAGGACUGGGAAAAGCGUUCUCCCUUGCCAUGGGUGCUAGAGUUUGUACUGAUACAGUGGAAGGUGAGAAAUACGUCGAAGAUCUUAGCGAGCAGAAGCGCCGUGUUAAGGAGUUGAAAUUGAGCCGAGAUUAUCUUCGAGAGGAGGCUAACGAGAUAGUACGAGAAAUUAUGAAUUAUAUAAUAAACAAAACGACAGAGACUGUUGUUUUGUUGGAGAAAUCCUGCGAUCAUGACUUAAGUUCGAAACGCCGGGUAAUGAUUCAACAGUUGAAUGGACAAGGCGAGGUAGAUCCGGUUGAGCUUUUGCUACCGGAAGUGAUAGCAGAACAUCUAGUUAUAGAAAACCCAUCGACGAUCAGUGACGAAUACGAGCAUAAGCGCACUCUCUCGCCAAUCGGAGACGAAACGCUCGAAGAUCAUAAAAAGAUACAGCAGGACGAAAGAGUGAUCUUUUGGCUGCCGCGGGAUGUUUGCCUGACGGUUUUAUCCACUUGUCUGCCGUGGCUUGCGUCGCAAGCAGAUCUCUUCCAUACCACUUUGAGUCUUCGCGAAGGAAUAGCACGUGUAUAUGAUGAGUUAAGAGACGAGGAGUUGAAUGACGAAAAAGACCUCGUUUUAGCUCACCGCCUGGUGAACCACAGCUUCAUCUGCGAAUUACUCCGCGCUUCUUCCAAGUUUAUCUCAAAAAACAUGGCAGAUAUGCUCCACAGUAUCUUGAAGGAUAAGAAUGACCAAAUAACAUAAUUAUGAAAAUUUACACAGA